AUGCAGACUGCUUCUACAAACAUUUGUGGAAGACUGUGCAAUAAGUCCAUCUGUUAAAUGUUCUUGCUACUAAAUAUUCCACAGUCAACUGUUGGUGGUAUUAUAACAAAGUGGAAGCAACUGGGAACAGCAACUCAGCCACAAAGUGGUAAGCCACAUAAAAAGACAUAGCGGGGUCAGUGCAUGCUGAAGCAGAGUGUGUGCAGAAGCCGCCAACUGUUUGCAGAGUCAAUAGCUAAAGACCUCCAAACUUCAUGUGACCUUCAGAUGAGCACAACAACAGUGCGUAGAGAGCUUCAUAGAAUAGGUUUCCAUGACCAAGCAGCUGUAUCCAAG